AGUAUUCGUGAAAUCAACAGUCCACAGUAACCGAGAGUAACUAGAGUUGUGAAGUUCAGAGGGUCAGUCUACAUCGAUUCAAGAUCUGCCACAACUGAAAGCGACUAGAGCCCGUUACUUCCCAUUCAGGUCAUUUACGUGAAUUGUGUGCCUGGCGGUCAGUUGAUUAUGGUGGGCAGAUGGAUGAAUGUGACAGUGACCGUCAUCUUGUUUGGGCUUGAAGCUGCUCCUAAUGAAAGUUUGUUGUUACUGAAGGAACGGCUCCUGAUUCACCCUUCAAAGUUUCAGCUCUCAAGAGGUCUUUCUCUAGGAUGAUAGAAACUUACUAUUUUCUCCAAGAUUCUUUUUAGAAGUUUGAAGGUUUUAAACGCACAAUGACAUCAAGUUUAAACCCCCAUCCCUUUUCUGGACCGUGGGCCUGACUGCUGCAGUUGUUGAAAGAACAGAUGCCUACAAAGCUCUACAUAACAACAAUUGCAGUAGUAGGACUGGCCUACAUGGCGGCCAUCAGGUUCAUGAGAAUCCCUCCAGUUCCUACCCUAGACCAAGAACCCUGGUGGGGCCCUGGUGAACCACAUGCAGAGGAUGCAGCCAUCAGACCAUUCAGAAUUGAUAUAGCAAAAGAGGAUAUAGACAGCCUUAAAGUUAGGCUAGACCUUCCAUUGCGAAUAACAUCUCCUCUGGAAGGUGCGAAUUUCACCUACGGUAUGAAUCAGACCACGCUUCAAACAAUAGUCCAUUACUGGAGGAACUCGUACGACUGGAAACAGCGAGAGAAAAGACUGAAUCAGUAUUCUCAUUUCAAGACACAAAUUGAAGGACUCGACAUCCACUUCAUGAGGGUGGCCCCUCAGCUGCAUGAGAACCAGAAGGUGAAGGUACUGCCACUUCUGAUGGUUCAUGGCUGGCCCGGUUCCAUUGUCGAGUUCUAUAACAUCCUGCCGUUGCUGACAACUCCACAGGAUGGAAGCAGUGUCGUCUUUGACGUCAUCUGUCCCUCAAUUCCAGGCUUCGGAUUUUCUCAGAGUUCUGUAAAGCAAGGAUUAGGGCAGCUGCAAACAGCACAGAUCUUUCUGAAGCUUAUGAAGAGGCUUGGAUUCCAGAAGUUCUACGUGCAAGGUGGUGACUGGGGCGCCCUUGUUGUCAACCUCAUAGCUACAAUGUACCCUGAGAACAUACUUGGCGUCCACGUGAACUUCAUAAUGGCCAGAACCCCGGGUUCUGUGGCCAAAAUGCUGUUGGGAUCCGUGCUCCCUACUGGUCUUGUGAUGGAUGCAAAGGACGAGAACCGGCUGUAUCCCCUUGGGGAACUCUUUGCUAGGUUGCUGCGAGAAUCUGGAUACAUGCACAUUCAGGCAACGAAGCCCGACACAGUAGGCGCAGGGCUGAACCAGAGUCCAGUGGGUCUUGCCGCUUACAUCCUGGAGAAAUUCAGCACGUGGACGCACAGAGGGAAUCCCCAUUUCCCCGACGGAGGCCUUCUGCAGGAGGAUUUCCCGAUAUCCCUGGACGAAAUGCUGGAUAACAUCUGUGUCUAUUGGUACACGGGAACCAUCACGAGCAGCAUGAGGUACUACGCGGAAAACACAGCGCAGACAGAGGCCCUGGGAAUCAUGGAGAGGAUACCUUGCCUGGUACCGGCUGGUCUCUCCUCCUUCCCUCAAGAGCUCCUAGACAUGCCUAAGCAUCUGGCAGCUCACAAAUUCUACAAUAUUGUUUACUAUGCAGAACACUCUGAGGGAGGACAUUUUGCAGCGAUGGAGCGACCGAAGUUACUCGCCCGAGAUAUUCACCAGUUUGUCAUGACUGUCGAAAAGGGAAGAAGCAAUGUGUAAAAUGUACACAUUCAGAAACGCAAAGUCAGGCAUGCACACAUGCAAGAAUGUGUAAACAGGCGUGUUGAGAUUUUUAGAGAAUACUGGAAAAACUACACAUAAGACAAAUUUUGUCACUGGCUGUAGGCUUCUUGAGCCUCAUUGUGGCCCAUACCAUGAACAGCAGACUCCUGAGGUCUGUAGCAAGAUUUUGGAACAAGGUUGCUAGUCUCAUAUCGAUACCUACAUGGAGACAAUCGCUGGAGUUCCAGUCAUUAAAGGCCACCCAUCCAAGUUAUGACCAAGCUCAACAUUGCUUCACUUCAGAGAUCCGAUGACUAACAGCACAGAGUGAAAAAAGAACAAGUGUGGUGGGUUUUAGCCUUUGAUUCCUAUUCAGCGCAUCUUUAUUUCCGUCAGUUGUGUUGACGUUUUAGUCUAAUUUGCGGAUUUGUACCAUAAAAAUGAUUGAAUGUUUUAAUUACUGUGACAUCCUCCCCUUUAUUUGGAUGUACCUGCUAAGAUUCUUUAGGUAUACAUAUAUAUAUAUAUAUAUAUAUAUAUAUAUAUAUAUAUAUAUAUAUAUAUAUAUAUAUUAUAUAUAUACAGUGGAUACUUGUGUGAGUGUAUUUUAUUUUGGCAGUAUGAAAGCGGUAGGUCACAUUUUCUCCUAUGUCCUGCGCAAAUAAUAAAAGUUACUGACAGCCAAA